GUUGUCCUCUGGACACCGUGUGUAAGAGACAGCUACCUGCCGAUGUUUCUCUGAAUUCCUGACUCCCAGAUUUGAUGUAGUUGAGAGACAGUGAGUGGACAGCCCGAAGCUCAGACAAUCACCAGUAAAGGUGUUGCCAUCCUCUCCUCAUCUUUGUGAGACAGACGGAACAAGAUCCUACACUGGGACAGCGGAGGAGCCGCGGACCGGCCAUGAACUGGCUCAGUCUGGUCGUCGUCGUUCUCUGCACGUCUCUUCACAAAGUCCAUUGUCAGCAGCAGCGGUUCCGUGUCCGUCCGUCCAACGUGAGCGUGGUGGAAAGAGACAGCGCCAUCUUACGGUGUGAAGUGCAACACCAAGUCGGACAGCUCCAGUGGGCCAAGGAUGGAUUCGCUCUCGGCUACUCACGGUCACUUCCCGGCUACGACCGGUACCGAAUGCUGGGUGACCCGGGGUCAGGAGUGCAUGACCUGGAGGUCACCAACGUGACCCUGGAGGACGACGGUCGGUUCCAGUGUCAGGUGUCGCCGAACCGCGGACAGGACGCCAUCCGAGCCGACGCCAUACUCACCGUUCUAGUAAGGCCGGUCUCCAUUCAGCUAAGCUCGUCGGCUGGGUCUCGGGCCGCCUCCGUUUAUGAGGUGGCUGCGGACGCCGAGCUGCCUCUGACCUGUGAGGUCACAGGGUCCCGGCCGGCAGCCCAGGUCGUCUGGCAGAGGAACGGACUCGAUAUCAGGCCAGAGCGGAGGGACUCGUUUUUCGGCUGGGGCCACCCGGGUCGUAACGACACGACCUCUGUGGUGACCCUGAGACCCACGGCAGCCGACGACGGAGCCGGCAUCUCCUGUGUGGCCCAGCACCCGGCCAUAGCGCCCGAGGACCGGCAAAAACUGAACGCCACCGUACGGCUCUCAGUGCUCCACCCUCCGGGCGCCCCGGAGAUCAGCGGCUACACGGAGGGAGAGGUGGUCAGUAUCGGACAGCAGAAGACGCUCACGUGCAUCUCCAGAGGCGGAAACCCACCCGCCCAGCUCGUCUGGCUCAAGAACGGACGGCCGAUCGGCUCCAAGUACCGCCAGGAGCACGGCAAGGCGGUAGCAGUGCUGGUCGUGGACGCAGAGGUGUCCAACAUGAACGCGACGUUCCGCUGCCAGGCGUCUUCCAAGGCACAGGAGGAGGUCACCGAGACUUACAUAAUCGUGAAUGUGUUGUUCGGCCCUGAUGAAGUCACCGUGUCGGGGACACAGGAGGCCAGAGGCGGAGAUGCAGUGCACAUGUCCUGUAUCACAUCCAGCAGUAACCCGCCCGCCAACAUCAGCUGGGUCAUCAACGGGGAAACCGUCAACAAUACGAGUCAGGAGACGUCUGUGGCGGGCGACGGCGGCUGGAUCAGCAGCUCCAACAUCUCCACUGUGGUGCCGAUCGGCAUGCGACAGGACAUAACGGUGGCCUGCUACGGACUCAACCCCGCGCUCGGACGAACCAAAGUCGGGUCGGCGAAUGUCACCAUACUGCAUCCUCCGGAGCCGCCGACGAUCCUGGGCUACGAGUCGGGCUCCCACCUGCGGGCCGGAGAGCGGGUGUCUCUCUCGUGCGUCUCGCAGGGCGGCAACCCGCCGGCCACGCUCACCUGGUACCAGGGCGACACGGAGCUGGCCUCGAGCACAGAGGUGCGCGACAGCGUGGCCAGGAGCGUGGUCACGUUCCAGGUGGACCACGCCGACAACGGACGCGUCUACACCUGCCGCAGCACCAACUCAAAACUGGGAGGGGUGCAGUCAGCCAGCGUGGAAUUAUCGGUCUAUUUCCCUCCGUCGAGCCUGAAGCUGGAGGUCCGUCCGGAGGUGUUGCGGGCGGGCAGUCAGGCUCUGUUGACCUGCGAGUCGAGACCGUCGUACCCGGCGGCUGAGCUGACCUGGUGGCGAGACAACGUCCAGGUCACCGACGGGGUCACCGCCCUGGAGACAUUCAAAGCCGGAAAACACGGAGGGUUUUCAAGUCGUCUUUCGUUUCGCAAGAAUCUGACGUCGUCUGAUGAUGGCGCGGUCUUCGUUUGUCGCUGCAACGUUUCAGAACUCUCUGAGGUGCUUCAGGAGAAACAAGCGCUACUUGUGUCAUACCCGCCCGAGUUCAACCAGACGACCCACGUCGCCGACAUUCAGCGUGGCUCGUCGCUGCGCCUGAAUCUAACGGCCCGGGGAAGGCCCGGCGACAUUGAGUACCACUGGUUGAAGGAGUCGCCAGCAGAUGGCGCCACCGUUCAAAUGAACGGCCCGUUGUUAGACAUCAGUCACGCGACCAAAGCUGAUGCCGGGUGGUACCGGCUGGUGGCCUCCAACGACGAAGGAAAUUUUACCGUCAGCGUACACGUCAACGUGCAAUAUGCUCCGGACAUCGUGUCCAUCCCCAAGAUGGUGCUGGUGGCCGCUGGGGAUGACACUGUGCUGGACUGCGCCGCCGAGGCCAACCCCACGCCACCAAACAUGGUCAGCUGGGGCAGACAGGGCUACAACUUCGGCUCCAGCAGGGUCAACAUCGCGGUCGGCAACGGCAGCAGCCUGCUGACGAUCCGUAACGUCUCCAGGGAAGACGGUGGAGAGUUCGUGUGCCUCGCCAGGAAUGACAUCGGAGAGGCCAACGCCUCCGUGGCUCUGCUGGUCGAACAUGAGCCAGAAAUUGUCGACGGCCGACGGUUCUCCAAGUCUGCCGCUGACCUGACGGGCACAGCACUGCUGACGUGCCGAGCUCGCGGGGCACCCAACGUGACCUUCCAGUGGUCCACGCAGGGCACCCUGAUUGAUAACAGCACCGACCCUGGCAGAUACAGCCUUGCUUACACACAGCUGGACCUCAUGACGUGGCAGUCGGUGCUCCGCAUCAAGGACGUGCAGCCCUCGGACUACGCCACAUACGAGUGCGUCGCCCUCAACGAGCUGGGCUCUCAGCGUCAGCAGAUAGAGCUGGGCCGUCCCAGUGCACCGGACCCUCCGCUGGGUCUGAAGGUGGUCAACGUGUCCCACGACUCGGCCACAGUGGCCUGGGAAGCCGGCUUCGACGGCGGACAGGAGCAAGAGUACCGAGUCCGACACACUACAGCAGACGGUGUCAGCGAUCAGCGGCACGUCGACCCGGUACCACCGUCCUCCGGUACUCAGUUUACCGUCACCGGCCUCCGAGCCAGCACGCGGUACACCUUCUCCGUCAUGGCCUUCAACACACUCGGAAGCAGCGCUUACAGCACCGACACAGCAACGGCAACGACCACAGGCGACGCCGAUCAAUCCCAGCCGGCCGUGUUUGACGAGGCCCGGCUGCCCUGGAUCGUCAUCAUCGCCGUCUCCUCUGUCGGAGCGUUGCUGCUCGUCGUCAACGUCACGCUCGUCGUCUUCUUUAUUCGACGACGCAUGCGCAGGGCGAGGCAGCCAAAGAAAAUGGUGGAAUCAGCUUCCAGUGACGUGAGCACGAAGUCUGAGAUGCUGCACAUGUACGGCACGGAGACGGUCAGCACCAUCUCCGUAAAGAGCGGCGGUAGCAGGGAGGAAAGCUUCAGCGACAGUCAGAUCGCCGACGUCCGUCAGACCGGCGCGCCCGGUGCCGUCCGGUCUCGUUCGUCAGACGUGUUUCGGUUCCGCUCAGAGCGGGUCAGAGGUCAGCGAGGGUCACCUACGACUACUGACGGUCGACAGGGUGACCAGGGGACCAAGCUGCACAGGAGCACCUCCUGCACUCCCACCAGGGAGUACCCGCUGGGAGUGGCCGGGGCUCAGUACAGCCAGUACGGCCAGUACGGGGGCCGGUCGGGCCGGGGGACCGCUCCGGACCUCGUGCCCGCCGGCCGGCCCGCCUGCCACUCGCCCAGUGAGGUGGAGCGGUGUGCCUAUACCCCUCCAGCAGGGCGCGGCGGGCUGCGGGAGCGCACCCCUCCGCCGGAGCAGCUGCAAUACACGCCUCCCUCCGAGCGGUGUGUGUUCACCGGCCCCGCACAGCCGCGCUCCGCCGCCAUCAAGCAGCUGGCGACGUUCGGCGGCCGCGCCAGCCCGCCGCCGCCGCCCCCGCCGCCCCCGCCGCCGCCGCCGCCCUCAGGGCACCAGGAGGUCGGCCUACUGGUGUAGCCGGCCGGCCGGGUGGCGGAAAUGGCUGUGAUUGGCGGUGGCGACACGCUGAUGAGCUGUCGCCAGCGACCGCGACCUGGACGGUCCCCAGAGUGGUCAGAAGGUCGGAGGUGACUUCUGUGUGGUGAGACUGUGUCAAUGUAGGGGUCAGACACCACGGGAACUAGCGCAAUAGUGUCUCAAUCAGAGGUCACCCCGGAUGGUAUCGCGAACAAUGUUCUAUGUUUGUCAGGAACGAGGGGUGGACGCAUGGACAGAUCUGCAUAUGUGUCGAUAAUCUGAGUGUGUCGAUCAUUCCUGUCCCUCCUCGCCUAUGUAUCGUUCAAAGCUUCACAUGUCAUACGUGCUGUAUAGUGAACUUACCUACCUAUAUUUAAUACCAGUCGACUUCCCAAAGCCUCGAAUGUAAUGCACAUUCCAUGUUUUCAUUCAUUCCAUCGCUGCAUGUGCUAUUGGGUGCGCUAGUCAUUAGGUAAUCAUGGUUUGCUCGUCUGAUAGUGAAUUUAAAGUGCAUGUUUUUUUUCUUAUUUGCCGCUUUUGCACUGUUGACAUUGAAAUUGAUUUGUGAUAGUCGUGAUUUACAAACGACAAGCAUUUCACAAAAUAUGAUUAAACAAAGACAACGAGCGAAGCCAAAUACGAGUACGCGAUUGAUUGCGCUUAUUUUAUGGUUUACAAGUUGAACCACCGAGGUGAUGAUUGUUGUUCUUUGCGUAUCAACCAAUAUUAUAUAAGUUGUGGGGAAAACAGGCAAUCGCAUUUUCAAAUGUUCUAGAACGCAUAAAUUUAGCGACCAUUCGCUAUUUUAUUCUGCAUCAAAAUAUCUAGCAUUUGAUUUUGAAGGAAAGUCCGCUGUAGACCGUCAUUCGUAAAUUGAAAUGGUCAUACAUCAUGACGUUCUCAAUAAGGUGCUGGACCGUACGUGCUUGCCACGCAUUCCCCA